AUGGCAACUUCACCUCUCUACCAAUCAAUUCAACGCGCUGUUGAGGCUUUCUUCGCCAGCUAUCCCGAAGCCAUCAGACAACAAACCACAUCCGUUUAUUCAUCUACGUUGACGCCAAAUUGCGUCCGACUCAUCGUACCAGCCGGUGCUCUGGGAGCGCCGGAAUCUGGCUUCACAAAUGCACAAUAUGAAGCCUUGAUGACACCCGAGCUAGCUGCAAUGGAAUCUUGCACAGUGGAAGUGAAGGAUGUUGUGGUUGACGAGCAUGCGCUGAAAGCCAGUGCAAGGGUUGUUUACCACCCUAAACUAAAGGGGACUGAUGCUGCGGAAAGAGGAGAAUUUAGCUUCUGUUUCACCUUUCAGAAGGAUGAAGAAGGGCAGUUGAAGGUGUGUGAACUCGUGGAAUUCAUGGAACUUAAGUGGACGGAGAUGUAUGUCGGAAAAAUUGCGUCAGUAGUGAAGGAGCUGGAUAUAAAGCUAGAGUAG